UCUUAGACGCCCGUUUCCCCGCAGCAGCAGCAGCGCACGGUGUCGAGCUGAGGGCGCGCGCGCGCAUGUCUGUUGGGUUUGGGCUGGCUCGAAGCCCCUCACCAUCAUGUUGCUGCUGCAGUUUUGAGCUCGACUGUUGCCUUUGUUUUGGCGCUGCAGCCCAGUGGGUGAAGGAAGCAGGAGGAUAAUGCAGCAGAGGACCGAUGCUCCGGCGCGUCUUCUGCCCUGAAUCUGGACUGCGGACGCACAGCAGCGCAUUUUAGGAGGCUACUGGAGGAGGGAAGAAAGACGGAGAGCAGCGCUGCAAGUCGACAGUGAAGAAAGUCUUCGACCAAAACAGGCCAGGGACUCUGCCCGUAAAACCGCGGAGCCAUGUCAUCGAAAUUCAAGAAGGACAAGGAGAUCAUAGCGGAGUAUGAGACCCAAGUGAAAGAGAUCCGUAACCAGCUGGUGGAGCAGUUCAAAUGCUUGGAACAGCAGUCCGAGUCCCGGAUCCAGCUGCUGCAAGAUCUGCAGGAAUUCUUCCGCCGCAAAGCUGAGGUCGAGCUGGAAUACUCCCGCAGCCUGGAAAAACUGGCUGAGAGGUUCUCCUCAAAGAUCCGCAGCUCCAGAGAACACCAGCAGUUUAAGAAAGACCAGCAUCUGCUGUCCUCAGUUAACUGCUGGUACCUGCUGCUGAAUCAGACGAGGCGUGAGAGCAGAGACCAUGCCACCCUCAGCGACAUCUACACCAACAACGUCAUUGUGCGUUUGGCUCAGAUCGGCGAGGACGUCAUUCGCCUGUUUAAGAAGAGUAAGGACAUUGGGAUCCAGAUGCACGAGGAGCUGGUGAAGGUGACAAAUGAACUCUACACUGUGAUGAAAACGUACCACAUGUAUCACACUGAGAGCAUCAGCGCCGAGAGCAAGCUGAAAGACGCUGAAAAGCAAGAGGAGAAGCAGUUCAGCAAAUCUGGAGAUCUCAACGUCAAUCUUCUCCGCCACGAAGACCGCCAACCGAGACGGAGCACCGCUAGGAAGAUAGAGAAGAUGAAAGAGAAGAGGCAAGCCAAGUAUUCAGAGAAUAAGAUGAAAUGCACAAAAGCCCGGAACGACUAUUUGUUGAACCUGGCAGCAACAAAUGCCGUGGUGGCAAAAUAUUACAUCCACGACGUCUCUGAUAUGAUCGAUUGCUGUGAUCUGGGCUACCAUGCCAGCUUGGCACGCACUUUCAGGACCUAUCUGUCUGCAGAGUACAACCUAGAGACAUCCCGCCACGAAGGCCUGGACAUCAUCGAGAAUGCAGUUGACAACCUGGACUCCCGCAGUGACAAGCACAAGAUCAUGGAUAUGUAUAACCAGGUGUUCUGCCCUCCGAUGCGAUUUGAAUACCUGCCCCACAUGGGAGAUGAGGUGUGCCAGGUCAGUGCACAGCAGCCGGUUCAGACCGAACUCCUGAUGCGAUACCACCAGCUACAGUCUCGCUUAGCAACCCUGAAGAUUGAGAACGAGGAGGUGAGGAAGACCUUGGAUGCCACCAUGCAAACUCUGCAGGACAUGCUGACAGUGGAGGACUUUGAUGUGUCAGAUGCCUUUCAACAUAGUCGCUCCACUGAGUCCAUCAAGUCUGUGGCCUCAGAGUCCUACAUGAGCAAGCUCAACAUAGCAAAGAGGAGGGCCAACCAGCAGGAGACUGAAAUGUUCUACUUUUCAAAAUUCAAGGAGUAUUUGAAUGGCAGUAAUCUCAUCAUUAAACUCCAGGCCAAGCAUGACUUACUGAAGCAAACACUGGGGGAAGGGGAAAGGGCUGAGUGUGGAACCACAAGGCCCCCAACUCUCCCCCCUAAACCACAGAAAAUGCGGAAACCUAGGCCGUGCUCCAUGAAUUACCAUAAGCUGUUUAAUGGCAAUAUGGAGACUUUCAUCGAGGAUUCUGGUCAACCAAUUCCCCCGGUGGUUGAAAGCUGUGUCAGAUAUAUUAACCUAUAUGGAUUGCAACAGCAAGGCAUAUUCCGCGUGCCAGGAUCGCAGGUUGAGGUCAACGACAUUAAAAACUCAUUUGAGAGAGGUGAAGAUCCACUGAUUGAUGACCGAAAUGAGCAUGAUAUAAACUCAGUGGCGGGGGUGCUGAAGCUGUACUUCAGAGGGCUGGAGAAUCCUCUCUUUCCAAAGGAGCGCUUCUUGGACUUUAUCUCCACCAUCAAGCUGGAGUCGGGGGCUGAAAGAGCACACCACAUUCAGCAGAUCAUCACGGCUCUUCCUCGGACAGUCAUCAUCGUCAUGAGAUACCUCUUUGCCUUCCUCAAUCAUCUCUCCCAAUACAGCGACGAGAACAUGAUGGAUCCCUAUAAUUUAGCCAUCUGCUUUGGUCCGACCUUGAUGCCCAUACCUGACGGUCAGGACCCGGUGACCUGCCAGGCGCAUGUUAAUGAGGUCAUAAAGACCAUCAUUAUCCAUCACGAAGUCAUCUUUCCAAACCUACGUGAGCUGGACGGACCAGUGUAUGAGAAAUGUAUGGCCGGCGGGGAGGAAUACUGUGACAGCCCCCACAGUGAACCGGGAACAUUUGAUGAGGCUGACAACGGGACAGAGCCGCACACGAGUGAUGAAGAGGUUGAGCAGAUUGAAGCUAUUGCUAAGUUUGACUACGUGGGUCGUAGUCCCAGGGAGCUGUCGUUCAAGAAGGGGGCUUCCCUGCUUCUGUAUCACAGGGCGUCAGAAGACUGGUGGGAAGGCCGCCAUAAUGGCGUGGACGGCUUGAUCCCCCAUCAGUAUAUUGUUGUACAGGACUUGGAUGAUGCAUUCUCAGAUAACCUCAGCCAGAAGGCCGACAGUGAAGCCAGCAGUGGACCUUUGCUGGAGGAAAGGUCUUCAUCCAAAAAUGACUUAGCAUCACCGUGCGAGCAAUCCCCAGAUUACAACUUUGGAGGAGUCACGGGAAGAGUCAGGUUGCGAUCCGAUGGCGCCGCGAUCCCUCGUCGACAGAGCGGUCCAGAAGCCCAAAGCCCAACCAGAGUGGCUGACACUCCCCCCCGAGCUGCAGCUUGUCCCAGCAGCCCCCACAAGAUGUCCAUCAGCAAGGCUCGUGUGGAGAGUCCGGAAAAGAGACGUCUCGGUACCUUUGGUAGUGCAGGUAGUAUCAACUAUCCAGACAGAAAGGCGUAUCCUGAGGGCCACCCACUGAGACCAGCAUCAGGGGCCACGCGCCACAGCAGCCUCGGGGAUCACAAAACCUUGGAGACCGAGGCUCUGGCUGAGGACAUAGAAAAGACCAUGACAACAGCUCUCCAUGAGCUCCGUGAACUGGAGCGACAGAACACGGUCAAACAGGCCCCCGAUGUGGUCCUUGAUACUUUAGAGCCGAUGAAGAACCCGGUGGGCUCAGAGCCUGGCAGCCCCCUUCACACCAUCAUGAUCCGUGACCCGGAUGCAGCCAUGCGCCGCAGCAGCAGCUCCACAUCCGAGAUGAUGACCACCUUCAAACCCGCUCUGACUGCUCGCUUGGCUGGAGCUCAGCUUCGCCCCCCGCCCAUGAGACCAAUGCGGCCCCCUCCCACGCAGCACCGCUCCAGCAGCUCCAGCUCUUCAGGAGUUGGUAGCCCUGCUGUAACUCCCACAGAGAAAAUGUUUCCAAACAACAACACAGCUUCAGGGUCCAAUGUUUCCAGCGAUGGUGGAGACAAACCAGGUACUAUGUAACUAAAGGGGAAGCUGCUGUGAGGGAAACUCAUGACGCUUUCUACACAGGAGAAAAUCUCUUUAGAGACAAAAUGACAUGUGAACAAAUAGUGUUGUUUGUAUUAAAAAGUGUUCCCUUUGUGAGAAGUUUUAGACUUUUUACGCUGUAAACCUCAACUCUCUUUGAAACUUGACAGUAAAUGUGUAAAACAAAAAUAAUAGUAUUUUAGUUACCUCAGUUCCAGGAGAAACUUGUGGCCAUUUCUCAUUUCAGAGGCACAUUUAAUGCGAGGCAAGCAAUACUUGUGUGAAUAUGGGUCUUUGGAUUUCAUCAGUUUCGUCCGUUGAUGUGUGAAAACUCCUUGUUUUGAAUGGUGUGAGCAUUCGGACUAAAACAAAGACAUCUGGAUGUAGGACGUAUGUCGGACAUACAGACUUCCUUAAUGUUUUUGUUUGUACCCAGACCAAUUGGCGUAUCAGAAAAGGAAAAAGGCAUUGUGACAUUUAUUUCUGCAUGCAGGAGGUUAAAGAAAAUAUAGGAAAACAUUCAUUAAAAUGAGAAUUGUAACAAUAUAAAUGUAAAAAUUUGCCUGUUAAUCAUUGCUAGAAGAAAAUAACGGUAUAAAACCUUAUUCAUGAUGAUGACACAUCUAAGUUACCAUACAGUACUUACCGGUAAUUAAAAGCGGCAUGCCCAGGGCAUUCCUAAAACGGUUACGCAUCUUGGCAUGAAGAGGAUUUCUGAGGAGACUGCUCGAAAAACCAUCACGCAUGGUUGGAACCGCAGGCAGACAUGACAUCCUUUUUCCCUCAGUGCUGUCUAUCAGAAGCGGGAGGCUAACACACCAACUGAAGUAGAAAUCUUGUGGUAAUACUGUAAAUAAUGAAGCUAGUAAUUUGUAAGUGUUAAAUGUGUACAGGUCAAAAAAAGAGAAAGAGGUUUGGGUUUUACCUGCACUUGAAAAGAUCAUAAAAAGCCUUUUAAUCGAAGUGAACAUGUUAGUUAACUGUUUAAAAAAAAAAAAGAAGUUCAGGUCAUCUGCCAUGUGCUGUGCGCGUAGGAUGCGUUCGGGAAUAGUACUGUAGAAGCGGGAAAACUUUUCUCCGCCAGUCCUUUGACACAGGCUCCCAUUUGACAUUUCCUGUUCAAACCUGGUUUGGGUUUUAUAUGAAAAAAUGCAGUGGUGUACCCUUUAAAGGUCUUUUUUCAAAAUGACAAAGAAUACACAUCUGGAGGAAGACAUUGCUGUCUUUACUAACACAAUAACUCACAAAAUACUUUCUGGAUUAACACGGUGUAUAUCUGAAUUCCCACCUACCAAAGGUCUUGUUCUCUUACAAUGAAAUUCCAAAAAACAGUCUUUAUGUGCAUGUUGUUGCUGUGAUGUUGGAUUUAUCGGCUGAAUAAGGUGCCUUGCCUCAUAAAAAUGCACAACUUUAUUCAGUAUUUGACUAAGAAACUGGCAUGAAUAAUAAAUCAAGGUUCCUGUACGCUGAAUAUAAUUAGGUAAAACAAAAAACGUUGAUUGAAGCUCGGCUGUAUUGAAUAGCUGCUUGGAAAUAAGCACAGAUGCACAUGGAAGAAGCUGAAAAAGCUGUCAGAUACAUCCACUUCUAUAGGGGAGGAUUGUUGGGCACAGAGAGCCAAAGAAAAAGGUAACCUAUAGCAUUUAAACACAUUCAGUGCAUUCAUAUUCUGAGGAGAUGUUUCGUCGUCUCACCAUGAACCACGACGUAGGACAACUCAGUGGGCAUUACGAUGGUUAUCUCUGUCAUAUUUCAUCCCUAUUAUUUUAGCUCUUUUUAUAGCCCUUUAGUCCAGGUUACAGUUAAACCAAGAAAAAAAUGGUACAAAAGGCACAUAUGUCUGAUCAAAAUAACCAUAUUUAAUUUUUUUAAAUUUAUAGACUCUUGUGUUUGGGAAAUAUUUGAUUCUUUUGUGCACAACAUCGUUUUUUUUUACACCCUUGUUUGUUUGCUGGUUUUUAAACUGUAAAUGUAAUUUGUUACUUGUUAAAAACAAACAAUGCCUUCCUGUUUUACGUUCAGUUGCCAAACCAUUAUGAACCGUUGAUUUUGUAAAGAUGUUCCUUUCAUGGAUCCGAUCAUCAAAAACUGCUCACCUUGAUCAUCUCAGGUCAAUCCUGAGGAGCUGGAGGAAGAAGAACUGCUGUAAACAUAACCUACUGCUAAUGUUCACUUGAAUCAACCCUGAACAUGUGUGUCAUGUUGUGUAUGUUUUCCAUGUGUCCUGCCUGUGUUGUGGCUAAACCUUUACAUUUUCUGAGGAAAGUUGUGUUGUUGGCAGGAGUGGAAAACAGUCUGGAAUUGGUCACACAGAGGUUGGCGUGCAUCACAUUCCCUGGAUGUGUGGUGAAAGAAUGACCUUUUGUCAUUUCUGCAAUGUAACGCUGAAAUGCUCCACUGACCAGGACGGACCCCAGUCUCGAUCGUUUCAAAGAAUAUUAUGACACAAAUGCAACCUGAGGCCAUGCCAGGAGGUUGGAGUGUGUGACACUGUUUACCUUCUUUUUAGUUGUUUGUCUGGUGGUGCUGUUUCCUAAUGGGGCGUCUGGUUGGCUGAAACCUGUGAUGUAGUGUACAUCAUUGUGUGUGUUGAAAACACCUGUGUCAAAAUAAAACCAUUAUUGCUCUGUGGUA